AUGAGAAAAACAUGUGAAGUAUGUAAAAAUAAAACGUUUCAGUAUGUCUGUCCUUCUUGUGAAAUAGUAUAUUGUAGUGUUGAAUGUUAUAAGUUACAUAAUUCAUCUUGUGUUAAAACCUUUUUAGAUAACCAGGUGAAUGAAAAUAUAAAAAAUAAUGAAUUGACAGAUUUUGAUAUAAAGGAAUUUAAAUUCAAAUUGAAGAAAUUUUAUAACUUACAAGAUGAGGCUGAUCAUAAGAAUGAGAGCUUUAAUUUUAAUGGGAUAAAUGGGUAUAAGUCCCCAGAAAAGAAGCAAGGCAAGAAUGGUGAUAAUAAUGAUGAUGAUGAUAAAGAUAAUUAUAAUGAUGAUGAUGAUAAUGAUGAUGAUGAUAAUGAUGAUGAUAAUGAUGAUGAUGAUGAUAAUGAUGAUAAAGAUAAUUAUAAUGACAAUUAUAAUGACAAUUAUAAUGACAAUUAUUAUGAUGAUAAUACAAAAUCGAUGAAAGAUUGUGGGCACCUAAAAAAAUGGUACAUAAGCAAAAAACGAUAUAAAGUGUUAACCGAGCUAGCUUUAAAAGACGAAAUAAAAUUAGAAAAUUUAAAUGAAAAAGAAAAGAAACAAUUUUUCUCGUUCAUAAAGAACAAUGAUAUGAACUUAUAUAUAGAAGGUUAUGAACCGUGGUGGUUAAAAUGUGUUAUAAAAAAAAUGAAGAUACCUGAGGAACAUAUUUGUUGUAUUAAGAAGGUUAAUGAUAAUGUAAUAUAUAUAAUUAUAGAAAUUAUAUAUGCAUAUUGUUAUUUACAUCGUAUAUAUAAUAAAAGUAUUAAUAAUAAAGAAUUUUGUUAUUCUUUAUUAUAUAUAUCAGAUUCUUUAAAUAGAUUUAAUAUUCCACAAACAAAUGUAUUAAAUACAAUUAAUAAUUUAUUUAAUAAAAUAAUUGAAAAUGAUGAAUUAAUAAGAGAAAAGAAUGUUUUAUAUAAUGUAAUUACAGAUGUAACAAAAAUAUUAAACUUAAAAGAAUUAAUACUUCGAUGUUUGUAUGAGAGUAAGCAAAUUUUCAAAAAAGAAAUUCAUAAAAUUCAAUUAUAUAAAGAAAAAUUAUCUAAAAAAAAUAAUAUUCCUACUAAAAUUGUUGAAAUCAUGCAAGAAGAAAAAUUAUUUAAAUAUGUAAAUAAAAAAAUUAAAUUCUUAUAUUCUUAUUCAUAUUAUCAUUUUGACAAUUUUCAAGAUAUACAUAAGCACCUUACAAAUUUUUAUAAUGAACACAAGAAGUUUGUAAUACACAAUGAAAAGAGGGAGAUCACCUUAGAGAAGCGAUGA